AUGACUACUUCGCCGCGUCCGCAGAAGCGGACCACCAAUACGUGCGUGACAUGCCGCGCGCGCAAGGUACGAUGCGAUGGCCGCCGCGAGAUCUGCUCAAACUGCGAACGGCUUGGCUUUUCCUGCUCGUACGACGAAAAUGUCGGGGUCGAGAUGGUCUCAGGCGAGGGCAAUGGCAUGUCCAUCUCGGUGCCACGCCGCCGCGUGCGCCAGGCCUGCCAGAACUGCCAUGCCAGGAAGGCCAGGUGCAGCGGUUCGAUGCCGAGCUGCGACCGGUGCCGUGCCCAGGGGCUGGAGUGCGUCUAUCGGCCCGGGAAGCGGUCUUUGCCGUUGCCGCCGCCCGUGGCCAUUCCGAGCUCCACUUCUGCCGCCGGCGUCGCCGCGGCUGCUGCCCCUGGGACGGCCAACUCGCCUGCCAUGUCGUCGCAUGACGACGGCCAGCCAGGUCAGGCGGUGCCGAACGAUUACGGAGCGUCUGCCAGCAGCACUACCAGCCCCGGAUCGGCCGCUGUCGACAAUACUGAUCCCGACGAGGCCCUGGCUCUCAAGGCCUUCGACAACUUCUUCCGACAUGUCCAUCACAUCGCCAUGUUCUCCUUUCUUCAUCGGCCGUCCCUCAUGGAGCGCUACCACGCCGGCUCGUUGGACCGCGCUCUACUGCUCGCCAUUAUUGGCAUCACAUCCCUCCUAACUGACCUGGGCCCCGGUAUGGACGCCUACGGCAGCCGCUGCAUCGAAGAUGCCGUGACCAUGUGCCUGGCCGACCUAGAAAGACCUUCCAUCCCCCGUCUGCAGGCUCUAGUGUUGGCCAUAAAACAUCGCAUCCUUUCCAAGCGCUUCUCGAGCGCAUUUAUGCUUCACGCCAUCGCCAGUCGCUUCGCCAUAGCUCUCCGACUAAACCACGAAAAUCCGGAUCUUUGCUUCCUUGCCCGCGAGGCCCGCCGCCGAUUGAUGUGGACCAUCUACAUGAUCGACUCAUCCAUCGCUGCUGGCCAGCCCGAGUUCGCGCUCUGGGCUGAUGCCGAGCGUCAGAUCCAUCUACAGCUCCCCUGCAACGAGCGCAACUUUGACUUUGACUUGCCUGAGCCGACCGAGCCGCUCCGAUUCCCGGGCCCCGGCCCAGGAGGUGUCGUCCCACCUUUGCCAGAUGUGCUGGGUCUCAUGGCCUUACACAUCCGCCUCCAUUGGAUGCGGAACCGAAUCCUGGAGUGCACUUCUCGAGCAGUGGCCUCACCAUCUCAGGAUGCACUUGCACUCCUCCCAGGCCAGUGUUCCGAACUUGCCACUGAGCUCGAGGCUUUUGAGGCGAGGCUGCCAGCCUCGUUUCGCGGCUGCGAGGCAAACUUUCGGCUGCGUAGCUACUCUCCACGGCUCGGUAUCUUUGUCAUGACACACGUAUGGUGGCGACAAUGUCAUCUCGAUCUCUACCGCAUCUUCCUGCCAGGCCUCAAGGAGGCACUACCUCCGGCUGCGCUGCAGCAGCUCGACCUGCACUACGUCAUGAACAGGCGGCGAACCUGCUACGAGCACGCCAAGGCUAUGGCCGACAUGUUCUCGCAAUUGCUGACCCUCGGCAACAAGACUCCCGUUGCUGACCUUGAUCUUCCCGCCUGUGCUUUCCAAUGUACCAAAAUCCUGUAUCAUGGAGUGCAGAUGGCCGAAGGGGCUGAGCUUGGUCUCACGCAAGAACGUGUGCAAGAGCUUGCCAAUGUCUGCCUCCGUGCUGCGCGACAGUCGACUCCUGGACCAGCUUCGGCUGCUAUCCAAUCUGACAUCGAGAGACUUAUCUCCAACGGACUGCAACUACCCGAGACCCCAGCUUCCCUACAGUUGAGCCGCGCUCGCGGGCCAAGCAUCACCCCUGGGUCAGAAAUGCCGUACCUUGUGGAACAAAUACCUGACACCGACCAAAUGCAAGGCAUCUCUCAUACACCACCAGCAGUCCAGAUGCCCACUCUUCCUCCGACCACGCUGUCCCCCAUGACAGCACUAAACAUGCCAGUCGCCGACCCACAAGUAGCUGCUGCUGUCCCCCCAGCGCCGCCUUCGCAGACCAGCGCGAUGACAGGCGCGAGCAACGCGUUUGAAGAAACGGCGGACGGGUUCAUAUUUGGUCCCGAAAUGUUUGGGGUCGACUCGUGGCCGGCGCUGUCGCAUGGCUGGACGAACAUGACACAGUUCCCAGGCACCACCAUUUGA